ACACAGACGGCCCUGGGUUGCACAUAGUCGGCCAGUGCCAGUGGCAGCAGAAGCAGUAGCCCGCAGAACGAGAGAGAGAGAGUAAGCAUAAUAUCGAAGUGAAGAAGAGUGUACGGAGUCGAAAAAUCUUUUGUGUGUUUUGCGUCGGCCAUUAAAGCACUCCUCUGGCUGCUCGUCGUCGGGUCGAACUCGCUGUACUGUGUGUGUCCCCAGCGCCAUUCAGCAUCAGCUAACCAGCAGCUCGGUUUUCGGCGAUGAGGAAAAUUAAAUUCAUUCGCUGAAAUCCGUAUUUUUAUCGCGUUUUGUUACGGGAAUCGUGUAUACGCAGAUGUAAACUAUAAUAGCUUAGUGUUUUCGGUAAGGUUGAAGUUCAACGUCGUAUACGUAAAAUAUUAGGAUUUUAAGAGACGGUUCAGAACGGAGGCGAAGCAGCAGAAACAGCAGAAGGAGAUUUUUUCGGCUCCGGAUCGAAGAAAAAUCUUGUAAAUUGAAGUAGUAGUGUCCCAAGCAGCAAUAAGCAGCAGGAAAAGAAGAGGAAGUGUUUGUUUCCUUCGACGAGUGUUCUAGUGUAUUUUGUGUGUAGUGUAUGACAGGAGAAAAAAGAGAGGUGUCAAUAUAUUUUUAAAUCCAUUGAUAAUAUUUGGUGGUGAAGAGUUCGACGGAUUGUGUUUAUGAACUGCUAAAGGCAGUUUCAUACCUUUCGGUGCUUCGUCAGAUCGGCUGGGAGUACAUACAGAUAGAAGAUUAAAUGGAGGAUCCCAACCGAAUGAUGAGCCACGGUGGCUUGAUGCCACCGAACUACGGCAUGCCGACGAACGAUGGCCAAACGGUAGAUAACGACCCCCGCAAGCAGGACAUCGGCGAAAUCCUCCAACAGAUCAUGAACAUCACGGACCAAUCGCUGGACGAGGCCCAAGCACGAAAGCACACACUCAACUGCCACAGGAUGAAGCCGGUCCUGUUUGCGGUGCUGUGCGAGAUCAAAGAGAAAACAGGUAUGUAUUCUGUCCUGUCGCUGAGGAACACCCAGGAGGAGGAACCCCCAGAUCCGCAGCUGAUGCGCCUGGACAACAUGCUGAUCGCGGAAGGAGUGGCCGGUCCGGAGAAGGGCGGCGGAGCAGGUGCGCCGAGCGACUUCAUGUCCCAGUCGGAUCUGCCCGGGCAGGACAACGCCAUCGAACACUCGGACUACCGGAACAAGCUGGCACAAAUCCGCCAGAUUUACCACCAGGAGCUGGAGAAGUACGAACAAGCCUGCAGUGAGUUCACCACGCACGUUAUGAACCUACUUCGCGAGCAGAGCCGUACCAGACCCAUCACACCGAAGGAGAUCGAGCGGAUGGUGCAGAUCAUUCACCGGAAAUUCAGCUCCAUCCAGAUGCAGCUCAAACAGUCCACCUGCGAAGCCGUGAUGAUCUUGAGAUCCCGCUUCCUAGAUGCCCGACGGAAGAGACGCAACUUCAGCAAACAGGCAUCCGAAAUCCUAAACGAGUACUUCUACAGCCACCUCAGCAAUCCGUACCCCUCCGAAGAAGCCAAGGAGGAAUUGGCCAGAAAAUGUGGCAUCACUGUCUCCCAAGUGUCGAACUGGUUCGGCAACAAGCGCAUCCGCUACAAGAAGAACAUCGGCAAGGCCCAAGAGGAGGCGAAUCUGUACGCCGCCAAGAAGGCCGCCGGUGCCUCACCGUACUCCAUGGGUGGCCCGCCAAGUGGAGCGGCCACCCCGAUGAUGUCGCCCGCUCCCGCCCAGGACUCGAUGGGUUACUCGCUUGGGUCCGGUGGAUACGACCAGCAGCAGGCGUACGACGGCAGCAUGGGCUACGACCCGAUGGGGGGCCACCAGGACCUGAGUCCUUGAGAUGCGGAGUACUAGAGCGCAACAGAUUGGGCGCGGUAUAGUGAAGUUUAGUAAGUUAGAGUGAGUCCUAAACGAUGAUGAGAGUGCGUACGAAUAUGAUAAUGGAUAAGAUGAUAAGCACCGCUAUUCGCCCUCCUUCUGACUGGUGGAUUGAAUGCAGUGUAGGCAACUUAUAGAAGUUAUCUAGUUUAGUUCAAAUUCGGGCCAGAGCGAGAUAGGAAUCAUGGGUUUAGUGAUAUAAACCUGUAGGGCUCAGGAUCACGAAUGAGAUAAAAAAUUAUGUGUUUUAAUUUGAAACUCAAAAUUGAGUUAGUUUUACGUAAUUCUUAUGAUGAUUAUUUAAAAAAGCAUUAUUUAAACUUUAUCUCAUGCGAAAACGUUUACCAUUUGCACCAACCAGGUAAUUAGAUAAUCCAAUCAUUCUUCAUGCAAGUAAGAUGACGAAUGGAUGCAUUGACUGCUUCGUUCGUUGGUGAAUACGUACAAUUAUGUCCAGAAGUUGAUUCUGAUGGUCAUCCUAUCUCCCCUUGCUCUACGGAUUAGUGAAAUUAUACAUAAAUCAACGCUGCAAUAAUUUUAGUUAUUUACACUAGGAUGAGCGCAUUUCUAUCCUACUUUUACAAACAUCCGCCCAGAUGCCGAGAGCAGCGUUUUGUUUAUAUUUAGUGAGAGCGCGUACAUAUAUUAAUGCCUAAACAAAUCACUAUUCGGUGUUUGCGUUCGACUCGAGAUUGAUUGAUUUGCGUGUUUUGGUUUGGGCAUUUUACUACACUAUCGCAAUACAUCACAAAACUAUACCCUACUUUGAUUUCUGAUUCCCGGUGUGUUUUCUUCUCCGUAACGGAUUCUUCUGAUUGACCUACACAAAAUCCACUAACACGAAUUAGUAAGAAAGCAAGCAACGUAAUGAAUACUUCAAUUCUACCGAUAGCGGAUAGGUAAAAAAAAAACUAUUGUGUAUACCAUUAGACGAUAGGGAAAAAGAGAAUCACAAACGAUACUAUUAAUUUAAGUCUCACGAUCCAACGCAAUGAUCCGGCUCUCAGCCGGCAAUGGAAAGAAAACAUCCAUCAUUUUCCAAGUUGGCCAUCAACGUGGUCCUGAUGAAACUCAUUCGCGGACAAUCCCGAAUGAGGCCACACUCAUAUAAAUAUACGUAAAUUAAAUUAAUGCAAAGUUAGUGCAACCAGAAGAUUAUGCGACAAAAUUAUUUUCUUUUCCUAGCAAAGAUUGGAACAAAUCCAAACAAAGCUAUUUUUAGAGUAGGCGCAUUUGGAGCAUUUUCAUUUCUUCCAAUUUGAGAAUGAGAAAUCUGUAGACGAAUAGACAACAAACUAACAUACUCUUCAAUUCACAUUAGAAAUGAAAACAAACCAACACGAGAAAACACACACAAGUAUACAAUCUUCAAAGUUUUUAAAAACUUUUCGAAACGAUCAAAAUGAAGGAAGAAAUUGAAACCCAGUUAUACGAUUCGCUAUACCAAAAUAGGCUCUAUCCCCGCCAGAAAGGAUUUGUACUUAAAGUUAAAGACACACAACAAGAAUAACUAGCAACCCUGUCAUUUACACUCAACAUAAAGAAACAGCAUACGUUUGUGUACGUGUGAUGGAUGUUGCGCAAUAUGCAGCAAACCUUAAAUCUGACAAACAAUACACAACCAGACACGCUGAGAACAAAAGAAAAAAUAUUGACAAUAUGUGCAAGCGAAUGGCAAAAUGCUAAACGAAAAAAAAAGGACUGGACUAUUCUGCAGUCUAAAUCGUUCGUUGUGGCAACUUGGCACGAUUGACUGUGGCAAUAGUGGCCCUGGAAAAAAACCUGUAUGAAAUUUUAGAGAAUGCGAGUUGAUGAAACAAAAAAUUAAGUGAACAAAUCAUUUGUAUACGAUAUAAUAAUAAUGAAAACAAAAACUAUUGAUUAAUGAAAAGGUUUGAAAAUAUACUAUUUAAAGCUACCAAUUAUUAAUGAACAAAAAAAUAUUUUCCAAUCAUUUUAUUAGAAAAAUUCAGUUUCGAAAAAUUGUAAAAGAUUGAGAGAUAACCCAAAAUUAAAGUAAUAUCUAGUGGCUUCUUACCGUUAAGAUGUGGCUGAUGAACCGAUGACGAUUGCAGCAUUUGAUCAGGUUUUACUUUGCCUACCUUCCCGGAUCGAAAAUUCUGGCAGCACUUCUAGUUCUGUAGAAAAAAAAGCGUGCUUCUCAGGAAAUCCCCAAAAGAAUUUCGAUCAGUGGUAGUCCAUAUACUCCAUUUCAUCUAUCAUUAGCAAACAAGCAACACAAUUUUUUAUUCACAUAUUGUCACUUACUUACAAGUUUCGCCUAUGUUUUUAUGGUUGUAAUUUUGAUAACAAAAUUGGUUGUGUAUUUUGAAGUCUGUUUCUGGGUUCAUUUGAUUUUCUUUUGGCAUUAUUUUGUAUAUUUUUCUGGACAUAGUGCUCGUGUUGUCACUUUUUGGUCAAUACCACUGCAAUUGAUAUCCACUUUAUUUAAGUUAGCCAGUACUGCAGCAGUGUUGAUGCAAUAUUUCCUUUCAUACUGUAAGCAUUUAACUGAUUGGGUACAAUUUUGUUUUCCGGCACCAUCCACACGCAAAUAGAAGAAAACAGCUUAGAACAAAAAGGUAUCUCUUGAGAAAAUUGAGGAAAAAAGGAAGAAACGAAAGUAUGUAUACGAAAACGAUUUAAAAAUCUAUUAAAUCUAUUAAAUUUAAAUUUUAUGUGUACUUAAUUAUAAAUAACUGACAAAAGAAAUAAAACAGCAACAACAAAAAAUAACAAAUGUGAAAACGAAGAAAGAAGUGAAAACCUACAUUAAUAAUUAACACUAGUAAAGAUAUGAAGUAAUAUGAUGAAGUAUAAGAAAAAAGUACAUAAAAGGAAGAACAA